AUGAAGGCCACCGAAGAGCCAUCCCAAGCCAUGCUCCUGGAUGCUUGUAUUCAGAGGAAAGGUCCGAUGGUGGCCUCUAAUCAGUGCUCUCCGCAGAGCGCAAGUGAGUUGAAUCGCUCGGCGUCACCUCGUCCGCAAGCCCCGCCUUCAACAUCUCACCCAACUUCCGUCGCCGAAACUCAUGGAUCGAUAAUGAUAAGUUCCAAAGCCGAGAUCAUGGCAAGCGAGACUUCUGAAGGAUCUGACGAAAGGCCGCAACCUACGGAUGCCAGUGCCGCAAGGCUUGAUGAACCCGAGAGAACUUCCGAGACCUCAAAGCCGACUUGGAAAAUAUGGGCUCUCGAGAUAUUCUGCAUCGUAUUGAGUACACUUCUCUUAGCCGCGAAGGCUGCCUUCAUGGUACCCGUCUGCGCCUGCAUCAGCCAGUCGCAAUGGGCCUGGUUCAACACAAAUGGUGUAUCUCGACCUCUCUACGACUUCGAAGUGAUAGAUCAAGCAAGUCGAGGAGCCUGGGGCUCCUUGGUACUACUCUGGUGGUUUCGAUUCCGGCAUUUUGUGGUUCUCAGAGCGCUCCUCACCGCCAUCAGUGCUCUGACAUCGCCAAUUACACAGGAAUGCAUCAAGUACUCAUUAGAAGAAGUCCCCGUCGCGAAUGAAGCAACAGAAAGCCAAGCUACUACACGAACUGUUCGAGACCUCAUGUACCCCAGAGAUGCACUCGACUCAGCAGUCCGUUUCGGUAGCUACCAAACUAACCUCCAAGAUUAUGAGAAUUUCCAGAAACCGUUACCGUAUGCCGCCAUCGACACUAACGCGACAUUUUGUUCUACAGGCAACUGCACGUUCAAUCGAUAUCAAUCCCUUAGUGUCUGUGUAAAGAUUGCGAACAUAACGUUUUCUCUGAAAGUUGAGAAGUUCGAGAACGGAACAAUGACAGAGGCGCCAAUACUACUAUCCGACAGGAUCCUUCCAAACGGCAGCUUAUGGAAACUUUUGCUUCCUGGUGGCUAUGAGUUCGGCCAUCAAAGCAAAGCAGCAUUGUCCACAGACAUACUGAACGGCAACCACACAUUUGCAUUUCAACACGAGAAAGCCCUUCUUCGGGCAAAACUCGCAUCAUUCUCUCUAAUCUACACCACGCCAAUACUGACCGAGAGCGACAAGACCUGGUGGGGAGCUAGAGACAAAAGUCCAACCACGACAGCGAAGGAGGCCAUUGACCAUAUCCAUAGUACAGAGCAUGAGGCUGUCGAAGUUCUCUUCCACCUGUGUGUACAAUCUUUUACCACCACAAUUCAGCUGGGUGGGGAAAAUACUCUGAUUGAGGAUACGUUUAUCGAACCCGUUGGACAAGACGACAAACCAUCUCUCGACAUAGAAUGCCCAUUAAUAGCCAAAGACAACUUAUUUGCAUGCAAUACUAGGCCGAACCGCUGGAACGAAUCUGUUAGCCUCAAAAGUCCGACGCGAAGUGGAUUUCUUCCGGUCAAGCAAAUUCGAAGUGAAGCUGAAUAUCUCAGUGCGAGUUAUCGUGCGAUGGAGACAAUAUCCCAAUUCUUGAGAACUUACUUCACAGGUUUAACAUUUCUCAGCUCGUCUCCUGCUCCUAAUGGAUUUCUUCCACUCCAUGCCAGAGCCGAGAUCGUGGCUGCAGUGAUCUUCCUCAUCAUUACUAUCAUUUACUACACGGGAGGCUCAGACUCAAAGUUCAGAGACCUCAAAAGCUCGUCGUUAGGCACUCUUGUCGCUCUCGGCCAAGACUGCCGUACUGCAGCGGGUGGGGGUCUUCAGCCUGUGGAUGCCUUGCAAAAGCUCGCGAAAGGGGUUCAGGUUCGGCUCAGAGGAAGCCUGAUUGUGGUCGCCGAGGAUAAUACGGAUAAGACCCCCUCACAAUAUACGGCAUCUGGCAUGUCCGGUAUCGGAGAAGGUGCUCCCAGGGAGUUGGAUCGUGCUCAGGGGCAGAAGCCCAUGGUGGCCAGCAUUUUCUAG